AUGUAUCUUUUUUACCCUGUUUGCAGCUUUGCAUAUUCUCAUAGAAAUGUUUUUGGGAGAAACCAAAAGCUUAAUGUUUCCUUAGAAAGAGGACAAAUUGAUUCAAUAUUUCGAAUAAAUUACACAGAUCCUUGGAUUGAAGGAGAUGAUAAGAGAACAUCAAGAUCAAUCAUGAUUCAGAAUUCUAGAACACCUGGCACACUUGUUCAUCGAAGUCAACCUGGCAACAGUAGCCUGACCAUUGGUCGUGUCACGGCUGGCAUUGAGUUUAGUAGACCAUUCAGGCCAAAGUGGAGUGGAACUGCAGGUCUUAUCUUCCAGGAAUGGGUAGGAUUCGAGCUCUUCAAGAUGGAGUAA